AUGGCUUCGAGUAAGAAUUUCGAAAUCCGGAAAAGGGAAGUGAUCGGCUUCCUGAAAUCCAUCGUGGAAAUUGUGUGUCCUGAAUCAGUUUCCCGCGCCGAUUUGAUCGUAUUAGCAGCUCGCGAAGCCGUUGCGUUAUCCGGAGGCCCAUGGAUUUCAGUACCGUUAGGAAGGGAAGAUUCGCCUCUUACGGCGAGCUACGAGCUCGCAGAUGCUCUGCUUCCGUCCCCGGCGAUCGGCGUCGACGGGAUGCUGAAACUCUUUGGUCGGAUUGGGUUGACCGUUGAAGAAUCCGUGGCUAUUAUGGGUCCCACUCGCUGGGGUGACUCACUGUGCGAACAUCCCGAUCCGCGAAACCGGGUCCGGGUCGAUCUGCCCGCCGCCGGGAGGCUCGUUGUUGUCGUCGUCGCUGUCGAAUUCGAGCUUCGUGCAGAACGAUCCUACGGCCGUGGUCAUUACGGCCGUGUACAAUCAUGUCACUCGUUGUUGUUGCGUAACAUAGAUUUAACGUUUAAUCUAAUUAUUUUCAAUAAUUUCAACCGUUGA